AUGGCCCACCGGCACGUUAGUGCGACCAAGAUCCAAGCCACGUUUCGCAUGUGGAAAGGCAAAGUGAAAGCGUACGCGGCAUUUCUUGGCCGCCAGCGACGGUCGAAGCACUACGCGAUCCGAUAUCUUUACUACCAGGGGGUGGUCAACCCAGCGUCGGGGGCCUGGAGUCACUGGCGCCUUGUUCAAGAAGGCGCAAUGCAUGUGUUGGUGCAAUUCUACAGGGCUUCCCUGCGGUCACGUGGAUGGAUGUCGCCGUCGUGGAUUCGGCACCGCUACCAACGCGCGGCGCACAUCCAAGCGUGGAUCCGAGGGUACUUGACGCGAAGAGCCGUGCGUGAGUAUGCGAUGCAGAUGGACAUGGCCGCGCGGUGCGUCCAGCGAGGAUGGCAUCGCAAGAUGGAGUGGAAGAAAUGGCGAAGCGUUGUGGAAGGCAUGCGCGAGAAGAAGCGGCGGCAGGAUGAAGAAGACCGGGCGAGCGGCAUCGCCAAGACACGAAUGAAGCAGUUUGCGAAUGACAUGUUGAACAGACAAUCCAAGUACGCGAUCGUCUUGCAGCGCACGUAUCGCACGUGGAAACAGCGCCACGUGUUCAAAAAAGUUCGCGACGCCCGUGUGACCCAGUGGAAAGCAGAGGGCGGCGCGAAGUUGGACGCCCACAUGACUACGUCGUGCAGCCAUCCUGUUUUCCGGGCCCAAGUGUGGACAGAUACCAUGGCCAAAGCGGCCAAAGUGUCCCAGGAGCUAGUCAUCGACCAGGACAAAGAAAUAGCGUACGACGAGAUCGUGGCCAAGACGACGGAGCUCAUGCAGCUCAACUUGGACGAAGAGAUCGAUCUUUUGGAAGCCGAAUUGAACCAGCUAACUGACGAAUGCCACAAGGAGUAUGCAACGUACGAGGAGCUGGCGGCAGAAGAGGCCGAGAUUGACGAGUUGGUCGGGUACUUUCACCGAAUUCGCGUCUCGCCCAAGCUCAAAAGCGAGCGAGAAAGUGCGCUGCAGUCUCUUGCCCCGUUUGUCGCGCAAGGAAAGCGCCUCAUCAUCGACACGAGCCGCCUCGCCAACGAAAACAACCGACUCAGUCACGAACUCAUUCGUCUCGGUCAGAUGCAACGCGCGUUUUACAAAUUUGCGUCCGACCGCUUGAGUUUCGACCCACUCUUGUACGAACUCGACAUCCACCGCAUGCUCGAUGCGCUCGAGCCGCAAUGGCAGCCCAACUCAAUGCACCUCAAGGAUGCUGUCCUGGCUCACGUCGACGCCCGCAUGAAAUACGCCGAUGGCGACGUGCCGCUCGGAUUUCCACAGAUUACUGGCUCGUAA